AAACAAAAAAAAAAAAAGACGACAGUUGCGUCCGAGCGUGACUGUCAAAUUUACAUAUUCUUUCUCACUCUUUCUCGCUCAUCUUUCUUUCUCAAAAAUUAAAUUUACAGAAUUUCAGGGUUGUUGUUUCUUCCGGUAGAUUCGAUUCAAUCGCCGUUCUUUUUUCUCUUCUUCUCGGGAAUCACUUAUUCAAUCUGUGUCUUCUCCCUCACAUAAUGUUUCAGAAUUCAAAAAAGUUUGGUGAAGGACAAUUGAUUGUGUAGCGGUAAUUAAAAGUUGGGUUUAUCUAUAAAUGGAAGGAAACAUGUUUUCAGGACUUGGUAAUGAUCCACAUAUAGACAAUAAGGUACUACAAACAUUUCUUCAGAAGAGUUUUGGGCAAGUGCAGAGCAUAUUGGACCAAAACAGAUUGCUCAUCAAUCAGAUCAACCAAAAUCAUGAAUCUAGACUUCCUGAUAACAUUUCCAGGAAUGUGGGACUAAUAAGGGAGCUUAAUAACAAUAUCAAAAGGAUUGUUGAGCUUUAUGCUGAUCUUUCUAAGUCUGUAACAAAGUCUAUCGAAGCUUCAUCUGAAGGUGAUUCCAGUGGUGCUUUAAGAUCUGAUGCCAAAGCUUCCCUAAAGCGAAAUCGACCGAUUUAGAAUUUGCUACAAUUUCCUUUGUGUCUUUUUCUAGAUGUUCGAUUCUUUAUCUAUGGUGGGCAUUGAGUAGAAAGAAUGCAUAUUUGUUUGCAUUGAGCUAGAUUUUACUCUUUACAUAGGAAAAAGAUGGGAAAAAAAACUCUUAUAAGUACCUUUUGUUUAUUGUCUCUAUGGGAUCUUGAUUCAACAAUUGUUCAAGUUGAUGAAUGAUCUAAAAACAAGUUUAUGGAGGAUCAACUUUUGUCUCAAUUGAAGAGCGGGUAUUACUUUUUAUUUAAGGUUAUGAGUCUGAUUCUCAUUCGGUGUGUACCCUUUUCUUCGGUUUACCCUGUAAUCAUAAAAACAAGUUUAUGUGGGAUUAAUUUAUGAUGUUUGUCUUCACUUUA